AUGAACGAACAUCCGGAGAAGCAGUUGAGGUCGAUUUUGUUCAUGCCUAAUCUUUCUUACUACCCUUCAGGGACGACGCUUUCGUCGAAGCUGGUUACCAAUGAGGUGCAGGAAAAUGUCUUGAACUACUAUGGCGUUUUGGAGAAGCUUCUCCCCCAUUUCGCAGGUAAUGCUUUCAAGAAGCUUCAGUUGAUCUUCUACAAUCCGUCGUUGUCGAAGAAUUUGCAACUCAAGCACCAUUCCGUGGAGCAUCUAGUAUCGGGGCUCAUCUCGACGUUCUACGAAACCAUGAAGAUAGAACACUCCCAUCAGUGUGACGUUUACAUGUGUCACAUCGGUAUAUUGGGAAUCGGAGGCAAUGCCAGUACGUUCAAGUACUUGUCCGUGAAGGGAUCGAAUAUUACAAAGUCGCUAUGCGAUCCGAUUUACCAGUUAAUUCUUUCGAGAGACUAUAUCUGGCUACGUUUGAAGAGAUGGUUCUGCGGAAGUGUCUUGUAUUGCGGGAAGGGCAGUACUUUGACUAGCUGGUUAGGCUCCCUUUGCCCGCUAUGGUUGCUAGACCUAUUCUAA